CCUGGGAAACUUGGCAAAACUCCUGCUGGGAGCAGCCUACUUCCUCAAUCUUCUAGCACUCGUCAGAUCAAUAAAGCGCUUUGUUCCUGUACCAUGUGCCAUUUUGGUACCAAGGGCAUCCAGGAAGGGGCAACACGAAAGGCAGUGGUGCGAGCCAGGCUGCUGUAUGUGAGCUUGCAGAGCAUGCGUUCCAGGAGAAGUGGGACAGCUGGGCUGUGAGAGGGCGGGCAUCCAUGGCUGUGAGGUGCCCCGCGGGUGCCCAUGUUCCAGGAGGAGGGCACCGCAGGCUGGCAGGGUGCCCGUGUCCUGGUGAGGAUCCCUGGGAGACACCCAUGUCCCAGUGAGGUGGCAGUGGCCGACACAGGCCCAGGACCCCGUGGGUCAUGUCCCUCCAGGAAUAAUUCUAGACGAAUCGCACUCCUUAUUCUCAACAGUUAAGAUUUUUGUCAAACCAAGAUGAAUUUUUGGCUUUCCUCGUCACAUGGGCUGCCGCUUUGCCCCCCAAGAGGGUGUUGAGCGGAAUCGUGUCACAGCUGCCCAGCUGGGGCAUGGUGCUGAAUGCAGCACAGACGGAGCUCUGGGCACAGCCCCUUCUUGCUGAGAACUUCGGGGCAUGGCCCUGAUCACGUGGGAUGCAGUCCUGCUCCCACUGCUGGGGUCAGUGUCUGCUGGCAGGCACAGCAGUGGGAGAAGCGGGCUUCAAAAUCCACCUACACAGGUCCUCCCCAGCUCCGCCGCAGCCUCCAUCACCUGCUGGGGUGGUGGAGAAAGGCCUCAUGACGUCACAGAGCCUUGCGUGCCAUCAGCCCAUGACUUGUCACAUCGGCAACCCUUGCAAGCUGAGACACGCAAGGCAGCCACUCGGUGCUGGUGGUCACUGCCUGAACUCUGCUCAAGUUGACAGCCCAAGCCAGCUCACGCAUUGGGAUUUUUUUCCUCGGGAGAGACCAUGAUAACUCUCAGCCCAGCUCUCCCCCUGACCGUGGCUCUCUGCACGGUAUCUCUGUUCACCAGUGGCCUUCGCAUAUACAUCAACCCCACCUGGGUCGUUGUCGGGAGAGAAGCCUCUCUUCAAGACCUGAAGCAGGCAGAGAGCGUGGUCCCGAAUGGUACAGCAGAAUUGGCCUCCACAACCCACGCAGGUGGGUCAAGCUGAGGAUGGCUGAAACUCCGGAGGGCUCGAAGGAACCGCCCGUUGCUAGCGAGAGCAUGGCUUCUGAACCGCCCCACCUUCUGGGCCAGCUUUGGGACUCCCUUGCCCAGGCGGACAGGACCCAGCUGUGUUGCAGGGCCUUGCAAAGCCUGUGGCUGUGCUUCCUGUUUUGGUUUGCGCUUUGCCUCUGGAGAAAUGGGAACAGACCCCGUGGACAGGGAGACAUCGCAAUCAGUCACACAGGAAGGGAGCGGCUUGUGGGGAGCAGGGAAGCACAUCAUUGCAAGGCUUGGCGAAGAAGGCUUGCAAGGAAAAAACAAAACCCAGCGCGGGCAAGAAAGCCUCGGCACGCCCUGAGAGCUCCUCUGCUUCUUUACCAGGGAAGGGGAUGGCUGGCCUCAUCUUCCAUGGGGAGAGACUGCUUGAGAGAGGGCACCUUCAGCUCUCAUGAAGUGCUCCGCCAGCUGGAGGCCAAAAUUGCCCUGCUGGCCAAGUGCACCAGGCUCGUCUACCGCCUCCACCUGAAAAAGCUCCGGCAGCAGCACUCCGAGAAGAAGGUGCAAGAAAAAGGCAAGCGGAGGAGAGCCUCCCCUAGCUCCUCGUGCACCUCCACCUAGAUCAUGCUCUCGGCGGAUUGGCAAGAUGAAAUGCAGCGGUGCAGGUGAGUGCGGGCGUCCUUGCGGGUGGGACCUGAGGCAGAAAAGAACAGGCAUCUGUGGCCGUGAGGGGCUCCACGGGUGCCCACGUCCCAAGAGGAGGGGCCCACAUCCUGGCAGGGUGCCCACGUCCCCCUGAGGUUCCCGGUGGGUGCCCGUGUCCCACUGCGGUGCCUGGUGCGUGCCCAUGUCCCGGUGAGGUGUGUUGUGGCUGCUCCCCAUGGCCCUAGGGGUAAGGUGGCAGUGGCCAGUGCCUGCUCAUGGCCCGUUGGGUCCCUUAGGCCUUAGGACCUCCAAGGCUGGUGCGAGGGCAAGCAUCACACCAGGAAGAGGGGCAGCUGCUAGGAAGUGGGUGGAUAACCUUCCCUACUGUAGUAUUUUCACCCAGCUAACAGUGAAUUCUCUUCAGGGUGACAGGCAGCUGGUGCGUCAGGACAUGCCUCAGCCCACCAAAGGCCCCGGGAGUGAGGGCACCUCCACCGACGACUUCUGCUGGCUGGAGGCCGUUAGCGCCCCAAUGGUCAUGCUCCUGCGGGUGGCCAUGGCCAACGGGCGGCCGCGUCCUGGUGGGUUGCCCGUGCCCGCCCGGCACAACAGCCAACGGGCACUUGGCAACUCUCUGUUGAGGACCUCUGGGGAGGGUCCCCCUUUUCCACCCUCCCAAAGGUGCUGCCAGGGCCCACUGGCAUCCCAAAGGCCGGGGCUCAUCUCUGCCUCCCCAGAGGGGACAGCCAGAGCAUGCCCGUGCAGCAGAGACGCCUGGGAAACUCGGCAAAACUCCUGCUGGGAGCAGCCUACUUCCUCAAUCUUCUAGCACUCGUCAGAUCAAUAAAGCGCUUUGUUCCUGUACCAUGUGCCAUUUUGGUACCAAGGGCAUCCAGGAAGGGGCAACACGAAAGGCAGUGGUGCGAGCCAGGCUGCUGUAUGUGAGCUUGCAGAGCAUGCGUUCCAGGAGAAGUGGGACAGCUGGGCUGUGAGAGGGCGGGCAUCCAUGGCUGUGAGGUGCCCCGCGGGUGCCCAUGUUCCAGGAGGAGGGCACCGCAGGCUGGCAGGGUGCCCGUGUCCUGGUGAGGAUCCCUGGGAGACACCCAUGUCCCAGUGAGGUGGCAGUGGCCGACACAGGCCCAGGACCCCGUGGGUCAUGUCCCUCCAGGAAUAAUUCUAGACGAAUCGCACUCCUUAUUCUCAACAGUUAAGAUUUUUGUCAAACCAAGAUGAAUUUUUGGCUUUCCUCGUCACAUGGGCUGCCGCUUUGCCCCCCAAGAGGGUGUUGAGCGGAAUCGUGUCACAGCUGCCCAGCUGGGGCAUGGUGCUGAAUGCAGCACAGACGGAGCUCUGGGCACAGCCCCUUCUUGCUGAGAACUUCGGGGCAUGGCCCUGAUCACGUGGGAUGCAGUCCUGCUCCCACUGCUGGGGUCAGUGUCUGCUGGCAGGCACAGCAGUGGGAGAAGCGGGCUUCAAAAUCCACCUACACAGGUCCUCCCCAGCUCCGCCGCAGCCUCCAUCACCUGCUGGGGUGGUGGAGAAAGGCCUCAUGACGUCACAGAGCCUUGCGUGCCAUCAGCCCAUGACUUGUCACAUCGGCAACCCUUGCAAGCUGAGACACGCAAGGCAGCCACUCGGUGCUGGUGGUCACUGCCUGAACUCUGCUCAAGUUGACAGCCCAAGCCAGCUCACGCAUUGGGAUUUUUUUCCUCGGGAGAGACCAUGAUAACUCUCAGCCCAGCUCUCCCCCUGACCGUGGCUCUCUGCACGGUAUCUCUGUUCACCAGUGGCCUUCGCAUAUACAUCAACCCCACCUGGGUCGUUGUCGGGAGAGAAGCCUCUCUUCAAGACCUGAAGCAGGCAGAGAGCGUGGUCCCCGAAUGGUACAGCAGAAUUGGCCUCCACAACCCACGCAGGUGGGUCAAGCUGAGGAUGGCUGAAACUCCGGAGGGCUCGAAGGAACCGCCCGUUGCUAGCGAGAGCAUGGCUUCUGAACCGCCCCACCUUCUGGGCCAGCUUUGGGACUCCCUUGCCCAGGCGGACAGGACCCAGCUGUGUUGCAGGGCCUUGCAAAGCCUGUGGCUGUGCUUCCUGUUUUGGUUUGCGCUUUGCCUCUGGAGAAAUGGGAACAGACCCCGUGGACAGGGAGACAUCGCAAUCAGUCACACAGGAAGGGAGCGGCUUGUGGGGAGCAGGGAAGCACAUCAUUGCAAGGCUUGGCGAAGAAGGCUUGCAAGGAAAAAACAAAACCCAGCGCGGGCAAGAAAGCCUCGGCACGCCCUGAGAGCUCCUCUGCUUCUUUACCAGGGAAGGGGAUGGCUGGCCUCAUCUUCCAUGGGGAGAGACUGCUUGAGAGAGGGCACCUUCAGCUCUCAUGAAGUGCUCCGCCAGCUGGAGGCCAAAAUUGCCCUGCUGGCCAAGUGCACCAGGCUCGUCUACCGCCUCCACCUGAAAAAGCUCCGGCAGCAGCACUCCGAGAAGAAGGUGCAAGAAAAAGGCAAGCGGAGGAGAGCCUCCCCUAGCUCCUCGUGCACCUCCACCUAGAUCAUGCUCUCGGCGGAUUGGCAAGAUGAAAUGCAGCGGUGCAGGUGAGUGCGGGCGUCCUUGCGGGUGGGACCUGAGGCAGAAAAGAACAGGCAUCUGUGGCCGUGAGGGGCUCCACGGGUGCCCACGUCCCAAGAGGAGGGGCCCACAUCCUGGCAGGGUGCCCACGUCCCCCUGAGGUUCCCGGUGGGUGCCCGUGUCCCACUGCGGUGCCUGGUGCGUGCCCAUGUCCCGGUGAGGUGUGUUGUGGCUGCUCCCCAUGGCCCUAGGGGUAAGGUGGCAGUGGCCAGUGCCUGCUCAUGGCCCGUUGGGUCCCUUAGGCCUUAGGACCUCCAAGGCUGGUGCGAGGGCAAGCAUCACACCAGGAAGAGGGGCAGCUGCUAGGAAGUGGGUGGAUAACCUUCCCUACUGUAGUAUUUUCACCCAGCUAACAGUGAAUUCUCUUCAGGGUGACAGGCAGCUGGUGCGUCAGGACAUGCCUCAGCCCACCAAAGGCCCCGGGAGUGAGGGCACCUCCACCGACGACUUCUGCUGGCUGGAGGCCGUUAGCGCCCCAAUGGUCAUGCUCCUGCGGGUGGCCAUGGCCAACGGGCGGCCGCGUCCUGGUGGGUUGCCCGUGCCCGCCCGGCACAACAGCCAACGGGCACUUGGCAACUCUCUGUUGAGGACCUCUGGGGAGGGUCCCCCUUUUCCACCCUCCCAAAGGUGCUGCCAGGGCCCACUGGCAUCCCAAAGGCCGGGGCUCAUCUCUGCCUCCCCAGAGGGGACAGCCAGAGCAUGCCCGUGCAGCAGAGACGCCUGGGAAACUCGGCAAAACUCCUGCUGGGAGCAGCCUACUUCCUCAAUCUUCUAGCACUCGUCAGAUCAAUAAAGCGCUUUGUUCCUGUACCAUGUGCCAUUUUGGUACCAAGGGCAUCCAGGAAGGGGCAACACGAAAGGCAGUGGUGCGAGCCAGGCUGCUGUAUGUGAGCUUGCAGAGCAUGCGUUCCAGGAGAAGUGGGACAGCUGGGCUGUGAGAGGGCGGGCAUCCAUGGCUGUGAGGUGCCCCGCGGGUGCCCAUGUUCCAGGAGGAGGGCACCGCAGGCUGGCAGGGUGCCCGUGUCCUGGUGAGGAUCCCUGGGAGACACCCAUGUCCCAGUGAGGUGGCAGUGGCCGACACAGGCCCAGGACCCCGUGGGUCAUGUCCCUCCAGGAAUAAUUCUAGACGAAUCGCACUCCUUAUUCUCAACAGUUAAGAUUUUUGUCAAACCAAGAUGAAUUUUUGGCUUUCCUCGUCACAUGGGCUGCCGCUUUGCCCCCCAAGAGGGUGUUGAGCGGAAUCGUGUCACAGCUGCCCAGCUGGGGCAUGGUGCUGAAUGCAGCACAGACGGAGCUCUGGGCACAGCCCCUUCUUGCUGAGAACUUCGGGGCAUGGCCCUGAUCACGUGGGAUGCAGUCCUGCUCCCACUGCUGGGGUCAGUGUCUGCUGGCAGGCACAGCAGUGGGAGAAGCGGGCUUCAAAAUCCACCUACACAGGUCCUCCCCAGCUCCGCCGCAGCCUCCAUCACCUGCUGGGGUGGUGGAGAAAGGCCUCAUGACGUCACAGAGCCUUGCGUGCCAUCAGCCCAUGACUUGUCACAUCGGCAACCCUUGCAAGCUGAGACACGCAAGGCAGCCACUCGGUGCUGGUGGUCACUGCCUGAACUCUGCUCAAGUUGACAGCCCAAGCCAGCUCACGCAUUGGGAUUUUUUUCCUCGGGAGAGACCAUGAUAACUCUCAGCCCAGCUCUCCCCCUGACCGUGGCUCUCUGCACGGUAUCUCUGUUCACCAGUGGCCUUCGCAUAUACAUCAACCCCACCUGGGUCGUUGUCGGGAGAGAAGCCUCUCUUCAAGACCUGAAGCAGGCAGAGAGCGUGGUCCCCGAAUGGUACAGCAGAAUUGGCCUCCACAACCCACGCAGGUGGGUCAAGCUGAGGAUGGCUGAAACUCCGGAGGGCUCGAAGGAACCGCCCGUUGCUAGCGAGAGCAUGGCUUCUGAACCGCCCCACCUUCUGGGCCAGCUUUGGGACUCCCUUGCCCAGGCGGACAGGACCCAGCUGUGUUGCAGGGCCUUGCAAAGCCUGUGGCUGUGCUUCCUGUUUUGGUUUGCGCUUUGCCUCUGGAGAAAUGGGAACAGACCCCGUGGACAGGGAGACAUCGCAAUCAGUCACACAGGAAGGGAGCGGCUUGUGGGGAGCAGGGAAGCACAUCAUUGCAAGGCUUGGCGAAGAAGGCUUGCAAGGAAAAAACAAAACCCAGCGCGGGCAAGAAAGCCUCGGCACGCCCUGAGAGCUCCUCUGCUUCUUUACCAGGGAAGGGGAUGGCUGGCCUCAUCUUCCAUGGGGAGAGACUGCUUGAGAGAGGGCACCUUCAGCUCUCAUGAAGUGCUCCGCCAGCUGGAGGCCAAAAUUGCCCUGCUGGCCAAGUGCACCAGGCUCGUCUACCGCCUCCACCUGAAAAAGCUCCGGCAGCAGCACUCCGAGAAGAAGGUGCAAGAAAAAGGCAAGCGGAGGAGAGCCUCCCCUAGCUCCUCGUGCACCUCCACCUAGAUCGUGCUCUCGGCGGAUUGGCAAGAUGAAAUGCAGCGGUGCAGGUGAGUGCGGGCGUCCUUGCGGGUGGGACCUGAGGCAGAAAAGAACAGGCAUCUGUGGCCGUGAGGGGCUCCACGGGUGCCCACGUCCCAAGAGGAGGGGCCCACAUCCUGGCAGGGUGCCCACGUCCCCCUGAGGUUCCCGGUGGGUGCCCGUGUCCCACUGCGGUGCCUGGUGCGUGCCCAUGUCCCGGUGAGGUGUGUUGUGGCUGCUCCCCAUGGCCCUAGGGGUAAGGUGGCAGUGGCCAGUGCCUGCUCAUGGCCCGUUGGGUCCCUUAGGCCUUAGGACCUCCAAGGCUGGUGCGAGGGCAAGCAUCACACCAGGAAGAGGGGCAGCUGCUAGGAAGUGGGUGGAUAACCUUCCCUACUGUAGUAUUUUCACCCAGCUAACAGUGAAUUCUCUUCAGGGUGACAGGCAGCUGGUGCGUCAGGACAUGCCUCAGCCCACCAAAGGCCCCGGGAGUGAGGGCACCUCCACCGACGACUUCUGCUGGCUGGAGGCCGUUAGCGCCCCAAUGGUCAUGCUCCUGCGGGUGGCCAUGGCCAACGGGCGGCCGCGUCCUGGUGGGUUGCCCGUGCCCGCCCGGCACAACAGCCAACGGGCACUUGGCAACUCUCUGUUGAGGACCUCUGGGGAGGGUCCCCCUUUUCCGCCCUCCCAAAGGUGCUGCCAGGGCCCACUGGCAUCCCAAAGGCCGGGGCUCAUCUCUGCCUCCCCAGAGGGGACAGCCAGAGCAUGCCCGUGCAGCAGAGACGCCUGGGAAACUCGGCAAAACUCCUGCUGGGAGCAGCCUACUUCCUCAAUCUUCUAGCACUCGUCAGAUCAAUAAAGCGCUUUGUUCCUGUACCAUGUGCCAUUUUGGUACCAAGGGCAUCCAGGAAGGGGCAACACGAAAGGCAGUGGUGCGAGCCAGGCUGCUGUAUGUGAGCUUGCAGAGCAUGCGUUCCAGGAGAAGUGGGACAGCUGGGCUGUGAGAGGGCGGGCAUCCAUGGCUGUGAGGUGCCCCGCGGGUGCCCAUGUUCCAGGAGGAGGGCACCGCAGGCUGGCAGGGUGCCCGUGUCCUGGUGAGGAUCCCUGGGAGACACCCAUGUCCCAGUGAGGUGGCAGUGGCCGACACAGGCCCAGGACCCCGUGGGUCAUGUCCCUCCAGGAAUAAUUCUAGACGAAUCGCACUCCUUAUUCUCAACAGUUAAGAUUUUUGUCAAACCAAGAUGAAUUUUUGGCUUUCCUCGUCACAUGGGCUGCCGCUUUGCCCCCCAAGAGGGUGUUGAGCGGAAUCGUGUCACAGCUGCCCAGCUGGGGCAUGGUGCUGAAUGCAGCACAGACGGAGCUCUGGGCACAGCCCCUUCUUGCUGAGAACUUCGGGGCAUGGCCCUGAUCACGUGGGAUGCAGUCCUGCUCCCACUGCUGGGGUCAGUGUCUGCUGGCAGGCACAGCAGUGGGAGAAGCGGGCUUCAAAAUCCACCUACACAGGUCCUCCCCAGCUCCGCCGCAGCCUCCAUCACCUGCUGGGGUGGUGGAGAAAGGCCUCAUGACGUCACAGAGCCUUGCGUGCCAUCAGCCCAUGACUUGUCACAUCGGCAACCCUUGCAAGCUGAGACACGCAAGGCAGCCACUCGGUGCUGGUGGUCACUGCCUGAACUCUGCUCAAGUUGACAGCCCAAGCCAGCUCACGCAUUGGGAUUUUUUUCCUCGGGAGAGACCAUGAUAACUCUCAGCCCAGCUCUCCCCCUGACCGUGGCUCUCUGCACGGUAUCUCUGUUCACCAGUGGCCUUCGCAUAUACAUCAACCCCACCUGGGUCGUUGUCGGGAGAGAAGCCUCUCUUCAAGACCUGAAGCAGGCAGAGAGCGUGGUCCCCGAAUGGUACAGCAGAAUUGGCCUCCACAACCCACGCAGGUGGGUCAAGCUGAGGAUGGCUGAAACUCCGGAGGGCUCGAAGGAACCGCCCGUUGCUAGCGAGAGCAUGGCUUCUGAACCGCCCCACCUUCUGGGCCAGCUUUGGGACUCCCUUGCCCAGGCGGACAGGACCCAGCUGUGUUGCAGGGCCUUGCAAAGCCUGUGGCUGUGCUUCCUGUUUUGGUUUGCGCUUCGCCUCUGGAGAAAUGGGAACAGACCCCGUGGACAGGGAGACAUCGCAAUCAGUCACACAGGAAGGGAGCGGCUUGUGGGGAGCAGGGAAGCACAUCAUUGCAAGGCUUGGCGAAGAAGGCUUGCAAGGAAAAAACAAAACCCAGCGCGGGCAAGAAAGCCUCGGCACGCCCUGAGAGCUCCUCUGCUUCUUUACCAGGGAAGGGGAUGGCUGGCCUCAUCUUCCAUGGGGAGAGACUGCUUGAGAGAGGGCACCUUCAGCUCUCAUGAAGUGCUCCGCCAGCUGGAGGCCAAAAUUGCCCUGCUGGCCAAGUGCACCAGGCUCGUCUACCGCCUCCACCUGAAAAAGCUCCGGCAGCAGCACUCCGAGAAGAAGGUGCAAGAAAAAGGCAAGCGGAGGAGAGCCUCCCCUAGCUCCUCGUGCACCUCCACCUAGAUCAUGCUCUCGGCGGAUUGGCAAGAUGAAAUGCAGCGGUGCAGGUGAGUGCGGGCGUCCUUGCGGGUGGGACCUGAGGCAGAAAAGAACAGGCAUCUGUGGCCGUGAGGGGCUCCACGGGUGCCCACGUCCCAAGAGGAGGGGCCCACAUCCUGGCAGGGUGCCCACGUCCCCCUGAGGUUCCCGGUGGGUGCCCGUGUCCCACUGCGGUGCCUGGUGCGUGCCCAUGUCCCGGUGAGGUGUGUUGUGGCUGCUCCCCAUGGCCCUAGGGGUAAGGUGGCAGUGGCCAGUGCCUGCUCAUGGCCCGUUGGGUCCCUUAGGCCUUAGGACCUCCAAGGCUGGUGCGAGGGCAAGCAUCACACCAGGAAGAGGGGCAGCUGCUAGGAAGUGGGUGGAUAACCUUCCCUACUGUAGUAUUUUCACCCAGCUAACAGUGAAUUCUCUUCAGGGUGACAGGCAGCUGGUGCGUCAGGACAUGCCUCAGCCCACCAAAGGCCCCGGGAGUGAGGGCACCUCCACCGACGACUUCUGCUGGCUGGAGGCCGUUAGCGCCCCAAUGGUCAUGCUCCUGCGGGUGGCCAUGGCCAACGGGCGGCCGCGUCCUGGUGGGUUGCCCGUGCCCGCCCGGCACAACAGCCAACGGGCACUUGGCAACUCUCUGUUGAGGACCUCUGGGGAGGGUCCCCCUUUUCCGCCCUCCCAAAGGUGCUGCCAGGGCCCACUGGCAUCCCAAAGGCCGGGGCUCAUCUCUGCCUCCCCAGAGGGGACAGCCAGAGCAUGCCCGUGCAGCAGAGACGCCUGGGAAACUCGGCAAAACUCCUGCUGGGAGCAGCCUACUUCCUCAAUCUUCUAGCACUCGUCAGAUCAAUAAAGCGCUUUGUUCCUGUACCAUGUGCCAUUUUGGUACCAAGGGCAUCCAGGAAGGGGCAACACGAAAGGCAGUGGUGCGAGCCAGGCUGCUGUAUGUGAGCUUGCAGAGCAUGCGUUCCAGGAGAAGUGGGACAGCUGGGCUGUGAGAGGGCGGGCAUCCAUGGCUGUGAGGUGCCCCGCGGGUGCCCAUGUUCCAGGAGGAGGGCACCGCAGGCUGGCAGGGUGCCCGUGUCCUGGUGAGGAUCCCUGGGAGACACCCAUGUCCCAGUGAGGUGGCAGUGGCCGACACAGGCCCAGGACCCCGUGGGUCAUGUCCCUCCAGGAAUAAUUCUAGACGAAUCGCACUCCUUAUUCUCAACAGUUAAGAUUUUUGUCAAACCAAGAUGAAUUUUUGGCUUUCCUCGUCACAUGGGCUGCCGCUUUGCCCCCCAAGAGGGUGUUGAGCGGAAUCGUGUCACAGCUGCCCAGCUGGGGCAUGGUGCUGAAUGCAGCACAGACGGAGCUCUGGGCACAGCCCCUUCUUGCUGAGAACUUCAGGGCAUGGCCCUGAUCACGUGGGAUGCAGUCCUGCUCCCACUGCUGGGGUCAGUGUCUGCCGGCAGGCACAGCAGUGCCUCUCUCCCCCUGACCAUGGCGCUCUGCACAGUGUCUGUGUUCACUGGUGGCCUUCACCUUUACAUCAACCCCACCUGGAUCAUUCUCAGGAGAGAACCCUCUCUUCAAGACCUGAAGGCGGCAGCCUGAGAGGUGACACGUGGCAGGUAUAAUGUUCUCACCCUUGCCCCAGAGGCUGGGAUUUUUGGCAAAGUCAUCCCUGGAGUUUUCGUGCCUCAUUUUCAUGCCUUUUUGCUUUGCCAUGCCCCCAGCACGUGCACCCCUCCCUCUGUAGGGGACAGGGAGGGGUGGGACCCCAUCGUCAACAGAGAGCCUCUGCAUCCCAUGAGGUGCCUUGGUUCAGAGAAGCUUCUGGAUCAUGCCCAAUUAUGGGUACGGCUGAGAUUUGACCCAGGGUAUAAAUUUGGUGCCAUUGGAGACCCCCUUGGAGUUGUCUGCUUGGAGUGUUGGGCUGUUGUUUGAAGCUGCUCCCCGUGGGCUGGGAUGGCACGUGAGGAAGCUUCCCAGCAUUGAGUGCCCUCUCCUCUUUUGGGCGAGUGAUUUCUUCUGGAUAUAUCCUUGAGUGAACCCUCACCCCCCCACCCCCCCCGGACAAGUGAUUCUGCCUUUCAGGGUACCCAGAAGAGGGAGAGAUCUCCUUUUUGUGAGCGAGUGUUUGUGUGUGUGCACUUUGGUCCAUCAUUCUUGUACAUAAAUGUGUAGUACUAGUACCCCAACUGACAACUCAACGCUGUUAUUUGUUAAGUGUUAUCGGAGGGUUGAUUGUUUUCAGUUUACCCCUGUUUCUCAUUGGGUUUUUUUGUUGUGCUUUUGGCUGCUUGUGGUUUGCCUGUCACUAGGACUUUAACCCAAAAGUCCAGUCCCAAGGGGCCAAGGUCCAUUUUUUUGUAUUCUCCUACAGGACAAUGGAGGUACGGACCAUUCUGUUGCUUGUAUUGGUAGUAACAGCAAUUACUGCAGAUAAGCCAGACCUGGAUGAUGAGGAAGUGCCAGAGCUCAAUGACACCUGGGAAGAAGUUACAGGGUCUUGUAGCGGCUGCAAUCACUCCGAUGACUCCUGACGGUUCCUUUCAUUUCAGACAAAUUAACCUUUCCGUGAUUCAUCAAUAUGUGGAUUAUCUGGUGAGCGAGCAGAAGGUGAAGAAUGUCUUUGUGAAUGGUACAACAGGAGAAGGACUGUCCCUUAACAUCCAGGAGAGGAAGCAGUUGGCGGAAGAAUGGAUGCGCCAAGGAAAAGACAAAUUGGAUCAUGUGAUCAUUCAUGUGGGAGCACUAAGCCUGCCAGAGUCGCAAGAGCUGGCAAAACAUGCAGCAGCCAUAGGUGCUAGUGGUAUUGCUGUAAUAGCCCCCUCCUUCUUCAAACCCACAAAUAAAGAUGAGCUGAUUGCUUUCUUACAGAAGGUUGCAUCUGAAGCCCCUGUGGUUCCAUUUUAUUACUAUCACAUUCCUCCUCUGACGGGUGUGAAGAUUCGUGUUGAAGAGUUGCUGGAUGGAAUAAAAGAGCAGAUCCCCACCUUCCAGGGCGUGAAGUUCAGUGACACAGACCUCUUGGACCUUGCACAGUGUAUAAACAAGAAUGAGAGAGAAGAGUUUGUGUUUCUUUAUGGGGUGGAUGAGCAACUGUUGAGUGCACUGGCAAUAGGGGCAGAUGGAGCAGUUGGAAGUACAUACAACUAUUUGGGCCAAAAAACCAAUCUGAUGUUACAAGCCUUUGCAAAGCCAGACCUUGCAUUAGCACGGAAGUAUCAGUUUCUCACUGGGGAAUUUCUCAGCUAUGUCAUCAAACUAGGUUUUGGUGUUGCACAGACUAAAGCUGUAAUGACUUUUGUGUCUGGCAUUCCCAUGGGACCUCCGCGGCUUCCGCUUGUUGAUGCAUCUGAGGAGUUCAUCGUCAAGGCCAAAGCCAAGUUGGAUAGCAUUGUGUGGCCUGAUGGUGACUGAUGUUCACUUCCAUGUCGAUCUGGAAGUGGAGGUUCCUUUCCUGGGAUUCAGUGUCACUUGGCACAUUCUGCACGUGAUGAGCAGUGAUUUCUUUCAGGGGAUUGGCAAUGUGCCUGAGCCCCUUCCUGUUAGGGCUGGCCUUGCUGGCACAUGUGUAGUCACCUUUUUGUGUAACUUUACUCUGCUCCCUUGCAGCGCUGCAUUGCAGGACUAGCUGGUAUCUUUUGAUAAAAAAUUAAAAAGGCAAAUUUUCCCCCA